CUUAGUAAUAAGAAAUUUCUUACGCUUAUUAUUUCACCAUUUAAUUUGCGAAAUCCGAGAGAAAUUCAAAAGAAACCGGGUGUGCGUGGCGGCGAAUUUCGGUGUCAGUUUGAAAAACCCUUUAUUUCCGUACCAAAAUUGUGUCAGUGUGAGAGGCUUGGAGGCGGUGGGCACGCAAUCCGGGCGACCGAUCGUUGGGUAACCUAGCGCGAGAACCGAAAAACCGCCGUAGUCAUGGCGUUCCGGCUGUUUGGCACGGCCAAAACGAUGGUCGGAAUGAUGCGGCGCAACUACACGGCGGGUUCCUUGCCGGGAAAGGGACAACGCACACACAUGGGAGCCACGGGCGCCGGUGUUUACAUCAUGCCCACGGAGCUGUCGCCUCUGCUGCGCUACGUGGUCAAACAGAUCCAGCUGCUGUGCAAGAAGCCGCCGAAGGGAUUCGAAAAGUAUUUCGAAGCCGGCGGCAAGUCGUCUGGCCAACCGAAGGGAUCCGUCGGCGAUAAGAAGCCACCCGCAGGUUCCAGCAAAUCCGCCUCGGAGAAGCCCAGUACAUCGACACCCGCCUCGGUUAAACCCAGCCGAUCCCAAACAGACGCGAAAUCGGACUGGAACUUCGGCAUGUUCAGCAACAGCUCGAGGGGGCCGGCAGGAAAAGGAGGCAACUCGCUGGGCGGACGACCUCUGGGCGAGAACGGUGGCGGCGGGGACAGGGAGCGGUGGAUCCUUCUGGGUGCCAUCGGAGCCGUCGUCCUGGUGGGUUCGUUCGCCUUCUUCGAGAUGGGCUACAAGGAGAUCUCGUGGAAGGAGUUCGUCAACAGCUACCUGUCAAAGGGCGUAGUGGAGAAGCUGGAGGUGGUUAACAAGAAGUGGGUGCGAGUGCGUCUGCAGCAGAACAGCAACAGCGGCAGUGGCGUCUUGUGGUUCAACAUCGGCAGUGUGGAUAGCUUUGAGCGAAACCUGGAGGCAGCCCAGACGGAGCAGGGAACGGAGUCCAUCAACUUUGUGCCCGUUAUCUAUCGCAACGAGGUGGAGGCCGCCAGUCUGACGGGUCUGCUGCCCACGUUGCUCAUCAUAGGCUUCCUGGUCUAUAUGAUGCGGAAGUCCGCCGAUAUGAUGGGUGGAGGCCGUGGCCGCAAGGGUGGUGGUCUUUUUGGUGGCGUCAUGCAGUCCACCGCCAAGCUAACCAAUCCCAAUGAGAUUGGUGUGGGUUUCAAGGACGUUGCCGGUUGCGAGGAGGCUAAAAUCGAAAUCAUGGAGUUCGUUAACUUCCUGAAGAACCCGCAGCAGUAUAUCGAUUUAGGCGCCAAGAUACCAAAGGGUGCCAUGCUAACUGGCCCACCCGGAACGGGUAAAACGCUACUGGCCAAGGCUACCGCCGGCGAGGCGAAUGUACCGUUUAUUACCGUGUCGGGAUCCGAGUUCCUCGAGAUGUUUGUGGGCGUGGGACCUUCUCGUGUCCGCGACAUGUUCGCCAUGGCCCGAAAGCAUGCUCCCUGCAUCCUCUUCAUCGACGAAAUCGACGCUGUGGGUCGCAAACGUGGUGGAAAGACCUUCGGUGGCCACUCGGAGCAAGAGAAUACCCUUAACCAGCUUCUGGUGGAAAUGGAUGGCUUCAAUACCACUACGAAUGUGGUCGUACUGGCCGCCACUAAUCGUGUGGAUAUUCUCGACAAGGCUCUCAUGCGACCAGGUCGUUUCGAUCGGCAGAUUUAUGUACCAGCACCUGAUAUUAAGGGCAGGGCGAGCAUCUUUAAGGUGCAUCUGGGUAACCUGAAGACGUCGCUGGACAAGAACGAGCUGAGCAGGAAAAUGGCUGCACUGACACCAGGCUUCACAGGCGCUGACAUCGCGAAUGUGUGCAACGAAGCUGCUUUGAUUGCCGCCCGUGACUCCAAGGAUUCGAUUGUACUCAAGCACUUCGAGCAGGCCAUUGAGCGUGUUAUCGCUGGCAUGGAGAAGAAGACCAAUGUUUUGGCGCCGGAGGAAAAGCGAACGGUGGCACACCACGAGGCUGGCCAUGCGGUGGCCGGUUGGUUCCUGGAGCACGCAGAUCCUCUGCUGAAGGUCUCGAUUAUACCACGCGGCAAGGGUCUGGGCUACGCCCAGUAUCUGCCCAAGGAUCACUACUUGCUGUCCAAGGAGCAGUUGUUCGAUCGCAUGUGCAUGACGCUCGGUGGCCGUGUGGCCGAAGAGCUGUUCUUUAAUCGCAUUACCACUGGUGCUCAGGAUGAUCUGAAGAAGAUCACCGAUAUUGCCUACUCCCAGGUGGUGCGUUUCGGCAUGAACGAGAAGGUCGGGCAGGUCAGCUUCGAUGUGGGCCAGGCCGGUGAUCCCGUUUUCAGCAAGCCCUACUCGGAGGACACAGCGCAGCUGAUCGACAACGAGGUGAGGUCGAUUAUCAAAUGUGCCCACGAGGCCACCACUAGUCUGCUGACCAAGCACAAGGAGAAUGUUCAAAAAGUGGCGGAAAGACUGCUCCAAAACGAAGUGCUCAGCCGUGAUGAUAUGAUUGAGCUGCUGGGCCCACGACCCUUCAAAGAGAAGUCAACCUACGAGGAGUUCGUCGAGGGAACCGGCUCCUUCGAGGAGGACACCACUCUGCCCGAAGGCCUCAAGAGCUGGAACAAGGAAAAGGAACGAACGGAGCCUCUGGACGCUGGCAGCACGCCAACAUCGCCGCCCACCAAGCCCGUAACUGCCCAGAGCAGUUAGGCAACGAUCUUCGCUCAUGUGGAUGGGGAGUUUUGGAGUGUUAGUUCGAGGGUGCCGACAUCCGUUUGUUUUUGUUGUAAUCCCCAAACGCGGACCGGAGAAAACCCCGACAUGUGGCAGAUCGAGAGGGCUCAAGGAGUUCCUAGACCUUCUGGAGUUACAAUUCUCCACGACGCGUUCAUUAUUGUUUUUGCAUAAUUUUAAGAUACCCACAUGGAUAACUUGUUCCCGUGUUGAGCAAAUAAGUGCUAGCCUGUACUAAAUUCCCCGUAUGCGUAGUUUCAAAGGCAAUAAAGAAUGGAAAAGACCUGUCAGUGUGGAAAAGCGAAAUUAAACGAUGUUAUCAAGGCGAAAAAUUA